ACACCCACAGGGCAAACACACACUCCUCCUGUGUGUGACAGCUACUAUUAUAGAUUCAUGAUCACACAGUUCCUGCAACAACAUGUUAGCAUAACACUACUGGUUCAUUAACUAAUAGUAACCUGUGCUAUAAAUGCUGCUAUUUAAAGAUCAGGUAACCCUGUAAUAUAUUCAUGACCAUUCAUACAGUCACCUGCUGUGCCACCACUGAGGACAGAAGUGUGCCGACCAGAGAACUAUCUUUCUGCAGACAAUGGCCUCCUCAGGUAACAUGUUACCAGAAAAGCAGUUCCAGUGCUCCAUCUGUCAGCAGGUCUUCACCGACCCGGUCACCACCCCCUGCGGACACAACUUCUGCCAGGCCUGCAUCCAGAAUGUGUGGGACAGCAGCGACAUCUGCCAAUGCCCCACCUGUGACAAAACAUUCGACCCCCAGCCUGAAAUAAGCAUCAACACGGCCUUCAAAGAGCUGGCGGACACAUUUAAGAAGAUUAUAAUCUGUUCUUCGGCUUCACUGCUGUCCACAGCCAAGCCAGGUGAGGUGGUGUGUGAUGUCUGCGCCGCGACGUCGCUGCAGGUGCCGGCCCUCAAGUCCUGUCUGGUGUGUCUGACCUCAUACUGUGAGGCCCACCUGGAGCCUCACUGGAGAGUUGCCACCUUGAAGCUCCACAAGCUGAUCGAGCCGACGAAGAACCUGCAGGACAGGAUGUGUAAGAAGCACGAGAGGCUGCUGGAGAUGUUCUGCAGGGACGAACAGAAGUGUGUGUGCCAGUUCUGCACCGAGACCGAGCACAAAGAUCACCAGGCUGUUACAAUAGAGGACGAGAGUGGAAAGAGGAAGGUCCAGAUGAAGAAGACCGAGGAGGACUUUCAGCAGAUGAUCCAGGAACGUCUGAGGAAAGUGGAGGAGAUCAAAAACUGUCUGAAGCUCAGCGGGAUAAGUGCCGAGAAGGAGGUGAAGGAGUGCGACCGUCUCUGCGCGUCUCUGAUUCGCUCAGUCGAGGAGAGACGGACUGAGGUCAACACAGAGAUCAGGGAGAAGCAGAGAGCAGCAGAGAGGAGGUCGGAGGAGCUCGUCAACGAGCUGCAGCAGGAAAUCACCGAGCUGCAGAGGAGGAGCGCUGAGCUGGAGGAGCUGAGGAACACCGAGGACCACCUGAGCCUCUUACAGAGGUUUCCCUCGCUUACCUCACCUCCACCCACCAGGGAGUGGAAGGAGAUCGGCGUCCACCCUGAGCUCUGCGUGGGGACGGUGAGGAGAGCGCUGUCUAAAGUAAACGACACCCUGAGCAAUGAGCUGGACAGUCUGAAGAAGGAAGAGAUGAAGAAGAUGCAGAAAUACGCAGUCGACGUAGUUUUAGACGCAGACACCGCCCAUCCAAACAUCGUCCUAUCAGCCGACGGAAAGCAGGCGGGCCGCGGCGAGCUGCUGCACAUCGUUCCUGACAACCCCCAGCGGUUUGACCCCGUCAUCUGCGUUGUGGGCAAGAGAGGCUUCCUGUCAGGGAGGUUCUACUUCCAGGUUGCAGUGGGAGCAAAGACCUUCUGGGACCUGGGUGUGGUCAAAGAGUCGGUCAACAGGAAGGGGAUGAUCACCUCAAAGCCAGAGAACGGCUACUGGACGGUGCGGCUGAGGAGCGGGGACGAGUAUCGGGCGUUGGACUCCCCCUCGGUCCGUCUUUCCCUCAAGGAGAAGCCGAAGACCAUCGGAAUCUUUGUGGAUUACGAGGACGGGACUGUGUCGUUCUUUAACGUGGAGACCAGGUCUCACAUCUACACCUUCACCGGGUGUUUGUUCUCAGAGAGGAUCUUUCCCUUCUUCAGCCCGGGCGUUUGCGAUGAAGGGAAGAACACAGCGCCGCUGGUUAUCACAGAUGUUAGUCAUGAGACAUAGACCUGAGGGUGAGGCUUGGACGGUGACUCAGCGAAGUAUCUGGGUUUCUACUGUGCGUACACAAGUAGUUUUUUAAGAUUUUAAUCCUCCAGGCAACUAUCACAACCUUGAACUGUAUUAAUGUCUGAGCUGUACAUGUCGGGUUGGAUGGAUAUUGUUUGUGCAGCUCUUGUAAAAUGUUUCUAUUUAUGCCUAAAAUGCAUAAUGCUACUCCAAAUACUUUUACAGUAAUAAAUGUUUUAGGUUUGGCACUCAGAGCUCGAUUUAAUCAUUUUUUUCUGUGAUUCUUUGUAUGAGAAUUCUAAAACCUCAACAAUUCAACAACAAAUAUUUUUAUCCAACUAUUACAUCCAAGACAUACAUUUACUAAAGUAAAGAAUGAGAAUGUUUACAGUGAUCCGAUUAUGAAGAAUAAAUCAUUUGUAACUGGAAUGAAGAAUCUGUCAUUUUCAAAAUUCAUAUCUCAACUAGUUUUCAGUAUCUUGCAACCAAAUGUUUAUUCUGCGUUACUGUAUCCCGUCACUGGGUCAGCUAGCAUUGAAUGACCCUAUAGAACGUUGGCUUAUAGUCCUAAUAUCAAUACACAAGAACAUAUGAUUCAGUUAAGAUUUUAAACAAUAUGUAUUCAUAAAAAAUAAAUAAAUAAGAUAUUUUUAAUGUCAUAUGCCGUUAUAUGUGGUAUUUUGCACUGGAUUUAUCUCAAAUGAAAACAAAACUAUCACACGUAUAAAUAAAAACAACACCAUUUGUAUUGGUAGUGAGUAAUGUAGUUGUUUUUUGGUUUUUUCAUCAUAACUCAAUGGAGACAUAUUAUGCUCAUUUUCAGGUUCAAAAUGUUAUUUUGGGUUGCUGCUAGACUAGUUCUAUAUGAAUUAAUGCCCAAAACUCUCUGUUUUAGCUCCUGUCUCUUUAAUGCCCUCCUUCCUGAAUACCAGGUCUGUUCUGAUUGGUCGGCACACACGCGCCUGAGCCGCCCCUCUAACAAUAACAGAGCAUCUGUGCUAAAUCAAUUCUUAAGUGCUGAACUAGCCACCUGGAAUACAUUAUGCAAAUGUGUGGCGCGGUGGUGUAGUGUGAUGUAACAAAGUCACAGAAUUAAAGGUGGGACUACUGAUGAGGCGUUUAAGGAGCUGUGUUUUCUGUGGGAGAGAGGAGCUUCUGUUAGAGCAGACUUUGACCUUUUUAACUUUCAAGACCUUUUACAUGCACAAGAAACCAUAAACACACUGAAGUAUACGUCUCCUUUAAAAGACUUAUUACAUGUUGGAAAAAUAAUGCUUAUGAUUGUGUUAUAACCUCACUGUAUUUACAAAUCAGAUUUUUAACUCAUUUUAGACACUAAAUAGGCAAACAAGGUCUGGGUGACUUUAACCUCAGUUCAGGUUACAGGUCUGUCAAAAAAAUCAUAACACCCUGACCAGCAAGUUUCAAUCUACAAUUUGUUUUGUUUAAAUGGAGAAGGAUUGCUGAUUUUACUCCUGGCAGAGAAACCCUUUUUGUUUUGCAAAACCUUUGCAUCAGUCCAGACGGACCUUGCAUGUUCUUUGCAUUCUUACAGGCAGCAUUCCCAACCAAGCACGGAGGAAAUAGAGGAAAGCAUUCAGUGAGAACAGUGCUAUCAGGUCAACUUCUAACCUGCUUUUUAGAGCCUGACAGGAAGUUUGAGUUUUUUAAACUGCUUGUUGAGGCUGAAAACAGGUUGAUUAAAGUGGUGAGACUAAAAAUGUACAUUUGCCUCUCAGGGCUUUCAUGAAUAUGACAUCCAAGUUUCUUAUCAAAGAUGAUGUUCUGUACUUGAAACACCUUCACUUAUUGUUAUCUGUGCAUGCCAUGAAAACUGUGGAGUGCAGAGGAGAGUUUGUACACCAAAACCAGGUGAGGCAAUAUUCAGAUGCUCAGUAGAUGUUUAUUGUUGCAUCAGCAGCCGUCAGCAGCAGAACACAGACAUGACUGAGGAGAGGCAGUCUCUCCUCACUUCUUACAGCACUUUGAGAUAACACACAUUAACUGUAGACAACAACAGGAUGGACAUGAUUUCACUCAAGCUGUUAUUCAGCCUUUCUUUACCUGGUCGUGACAUUUUCCAGGUUGAAGACACAUUGUUCUUCCUCCUUCGUACAUCACAACAUCUCAAACAUCCUCCACCUGCACCUGC